AUGCUUUACUCUGACCCGCCGCAGAGACGGCCGUUUAGCGAGGCGAAGCCGACCUUGCUGGUGUCGUGGUGGAUUACGCUGUUUUGCACCUGCAUCAUUCUGCUACGGCUGGCCGGUCGGUAUAUUCGCGUCGAGAAGCUGUUUCGCGAAGACAAGAUUGUCGCGCUGGCUCUCGUGCCGCUGUUUCUGCGCAUCGCCUGCAUUCACAUCGUACUGCUCUGGGGCACCAACAACGUUGCGCUCGGCGACACGACGCUUUCAGAGGCCGAGCGCUCGCAUCGAGAGACUGGCAGUCGAGUUGUGCUUGCCGGCAGAGUGUUUUAUGCUGCUACGCUAUGGAUGCUCAAACUCACCACCCUCGAAUUCCUGACUCGCCUGGCCGGCGCAUCCAUGAAAAAGAUAUAUCUACGCCUGACCAUGUUCCUUCGAUAUACUCUUGGCGUGACCUUUAUCGCUGUCCUCAUUACCGACCUUGCAGAGUGCCACCCCAUUACCAAAUACUGGCAGGUAACGCCCGAUCCGGGUGGCCAGUGCCGGCAAGGCUUCGUGCAGCUCAUGGCCAUGGGCGCCGCCAGCGCCGUGAUUGACAUCAUCUUAAUCGUCUUUCCGGUGCCUAUUAUUCUCUCGACACGCCUUCCGACGCAGCGCAAGGUGCUCCUCGUCAUGCUCUUUUGCUUUGGCUUCCUCACCGUCGCCAUCACGCUCUUCCGGGUCCCCAAGAUCAUCCGGGUCCAGGGCGACCAGACAUUCCGCUCCAUGUGGGCGUCGAUUGAGAUUCUGGCCGCUACCGUCGUGGCAAACAUUGUCGCCCUGGGCUCGUUCCUGCGCGACAGCGGCGCGAAAAAGACAAAGUUCCGCCCGGGCUACCACAGCAGCGGCACUACGUCUCGCGGCGGCGGCCACGGCGUGACGACGGGCGCGACCUGGGAGGACCUGGAGCGCGGCAAGUCGCAGCAGAAAGCGGUGCGCGGGACAGAUAGUGAUGAGUGGCUCGAUGACUUGGGCGCCCGUCCGCGAAGAGAGUCUAUACGCAAGAUGAAUAGACAUUCGUCCCAUUCCUCUGGCAACAUCCGGGGACCCAGCCCUACGGCGAGUCAUGAUUCUCUCAUUAGACAGGAGAGGUCAUAUUCCCGGGGCGCGAUAACAGCAUUGGAUAUGCCUAGCCCAAAGGUGCCUCCUGCAGCAGUUGUAGCAGGCUCUGGCGGGUUUUCAACAUAA